AUGAGCACGUGUCGAUGGUGUACACCUAGUGGUCCUGACGCCACUGAGUUCCUGAAGAGCUAUGCUUCUAAACGGUUGUCCCCGGAAGAUCUUGAAGGAUCCAAUGAAGAUCUCUGUUACUGCCUGGAAUGUGUGCUUGAAUACCACAAAGCCAAGGAAAAAUUGCCAGCGUUGCAUGAGGUCUUGUGGCAGUUGGAAACCUCCCGUCUUGUUGCCCACAUUGAGAAAUCCAUGCAAGAAGAAGCUGGAGAAGAUGAUGAGUUGUUUGUAGUGGAUGAGAAUGGAGAGACGCAGCUGUCUGGUUAUGUGGGCCCAGACUUUGAGAAUAACCUGCGAGUGCCCCUUCUAGAAAUACUGAAAUACCCAUAUCUGCUGCUGCAUGAGAGAGUCAGUGAGCUGUGUGUAGAAGUGCUCUGUAGAAUGGAAAAAAGUCACAGCUCCUUUCAGGUCUUUGAGAAAUAUCCAGGAAUUUAUCUCUUUUUGGUACACCCAAAUGAAGUGAUUCGUCGAUGGGCCAUUCUAACAGCAAGGAAUUUAGGCAAGGUCGACAGGGAUGAUUACUAUGACUUACAGGAAGUGCUGACUUGCUUGUUCAAAGUUAUUGAGUUGGGGCUUUUUGAGAGUCGAGAUAUUUACAGCUCUUCAAUGAUUGAAAAGGGUAAACUCAUCCUUCUGCCAUCUCACUUAUAUGAUACUGACAACUACAAAAACUAUUGGCUAGGGAUUUGUAUGUUGCUUACAGUGCUGGAAGAACAAGCCUUGGACUCCUUGUUACUGGGUCCAGACAAACAAAAUGAUUUCAUGCAGUCUAUACUUCACACCAUGGAGAAAGAAGCAGCUGAUGAUUCUACUGACCCCUUCUGGCCAGCGCUGCAUUGUUUCAUGGUUAUUUUGGAUCAGCUCGGAUCUAAAGUAUGGGGUCAGCUUAUCGAUCCAGUCCAAGCCUUUCAAACCAUUAUCAACAGUGUGAGCUACAACAAUGAGAUUAAAAAUAUACGCAGUAGCUUUAAGAGGACAAAAUCUGAACCGGAGUCAGACUACAAUGAUGACAUGGUUACUUGCAGUCAGAUUGUGUAUAGUUAUAACACAGAAAAGCCUCAAAAGGAUACUGGAUGGAAGACUGCCAUUUGUCCAGACUAUUGCCCCAACAUGUACGAAGAUAUGCAAGCACUGGCUAACAUGCUUCAGUCUGCAAUUGGUAGAGAUACCCGUAUCCAUCAAAGCACAUUUUUGUGGUUCAUCCCUUUUGUUCAGUCGCUUAUGGAUUUAAAAGACUUGGGUGUAGCAUAUAUAGUAGAGGUCAUUCACUACCUCUGCUCGGAAAUCAAAGAUAUUCUCAAUGAAAGAAUCCAGCAAUGUGACAAAAUAUCUGAAUUUUUCCUCCUGAUCUUGGUCUCCGUUAUUGAACUACACAGAAAUAAGAAGUGCCUGCAUCUGUUAUGGAUUAGCUCCCAGGAAUGGGUGGAAGCAGUGGUGAAAUGUGCUAAGCUUCCAGCUAUAGCAUUUACACAGUGCACUGAAAAACUACCUGGACACUAUGCAAGAGGUUCAUCGACAGUAUCUUUACAAGCUUCUAACUCUGUGCAGCAUGCCUGUGUGCAGUUGAUACGCAGCCUUCUUAGAGAAGGCUAUCAAAUUGGGCAGCAUGCUCUUUGCAAGCAAUACCUAGACAAACUCAAUAUUCUUCUGCGAGGAAAUCUGUCUUUAGGUUGGCAGCUGAACAUCCAGGAAACUCAGGAAUUACAAGUGUGUUUAAGGCAAGUUAUAAGAGGUAUAAAGAACAGAGCAUUGGAUACCUCUGUGGCUGUAAGAAACAGUGCAAACUCUACUACUUUACCUGCCAUUUCUAUAAAGCAAGAGAAGAAUGCAUGUGGUGGUGGAUGCGAGGUGAGUGUACAUGGCAGAGAUGACCUUCAUUCGCUAUGUGCUGUCUCAUCAAAGGAAGGCAGAGAUUGUUCUAACUUCUUUAAAAGUGAACCUGGUAUGCAGGGGAAUGAAGAUGAUGGGAUUGCACUUUCAGGGUUCAGUGGCACCUUCCUGAAAAAAGCAUCGACUGGACUAAAACCAAGUUCAUUGUUGAAAUCUAAGAUUAAGAAAGAAACUGACAUGCAAGCUUCAGGCUGGGAACAGCCUAAUUUAAGUGACUUGGCUAAAUAUAACUGUGAAGGUCAAAUUUCAAAGUACUAUUGUAUGGAUAAAACUUCAGCAAAUGAUCAUGUUCCAUCUAGCUCUGAAAACAAGAACAGUAUAUCCAACCCUGCUUCUUGGAUCAAGCCACUGUCAGUGAAGUGUGAAUCAAGUGACAGGUUGUUAGAAUUUUCAAAGUAUUUCAAGAGAGAAAGUAAUUCAGUGGGGAAGAAAGAGGAGGAUUUUGUGAAGACUGUUUCUGAAGAUAAUACUUUAACAGACUCCCAGGUUGAUAGAGAACUCAGUAAAUUAUCGUUAGCUGCAUAUGCCAAAGGUGUCAAUUUUCCCUUUGAUUCAAGCCAAGAGAGCUCACUACAUGAUAAUGUGUGUGAUAUUAAAAGAAAAGUGAAAGGUGCAGUAAGAUCUUCCAGUGAUGGUCAGAGUACCACACCUCCCUGUGGUGCAGAUUGCCUUAACAAUAAAGUCAUUAUAAUUUCAGACUCUUCUGAUGAAGAAAACUCUGUGGCUGACAAGAAGGAAACAAAAAAAAAGAAUGAAAAUGGAUAUCCUGAAAAGCAGCCUUCAACUUCCAGCUGCGUUUCUGAUAGUGACACCAAAAUAGAAUCAAAGGUACCAAGCUCUCCCUUGUCACUGGAAGACUGUGAGUCUCAGUACUUUGAAUUUGAAACAGAACUUGAUGUCUUUUCGGUUUGGCAAGAUACUCAAGACUAUAGCAUGGAAGUAACUCAGGAGUAUAAACAAGGUAAUGUUUCAACAUCGGUUGACAGUAGAGCUUCAGGUGAAUUACUGGAUGAUGAAACAAAUGCAUGGGGUUAUGAUACGGAUUACAUAAAUGAUGAUGACAUGGAAGAAGAAGCAAACUUAGCAGGAAAGAAGACAGAAAGUGUUUCUCAUCAGACAGAAGCUGAUAACACAAAAGUAGUAACUAAUUCAACGUUGCAAGAAUCUGUUAGUAAGGAAAAUGCAAAAGACCAACUGGAGAAUUCUGCCAGCAAAGGUACUGUUGCUGAAGACUUCACCUUGCACUCAAAAUUGACUGAACCCAGAGCAUCUACAUCUAACAUCUCAUUAGCUUCAAAAUUGGCCCUUAAGAAGAAUAGCACAAGCCCACAGAAGAGCAUAGCAAACUCUAAGGUAGCAAGAACUAAUCAAAGAAGUCCUAAAAAAACUCCUGUUCCUAAACCAGCACAAAACAAAAAGCUGCUUCAAAGUGCAUCAAAAAAUUCCCAGCCUGGCAGCUCAAUGCCUGCUGUGGUUCCUCCGAGGAAGGUUCGCCAGUGUCCAGCACCAGCAUCAACUGUAGAAAAACUUGGGCUGAAGAAGGCGCCUCGCAAAGCGUUUGAGUUAUCCCAGCGCUCUUUAGAGAGUCUGGCUCAGUUGCGCAGCUAUGGUAAAGCUGCAGGGAGAGUUGGGGUUGCGCAGAAACAGAAGAUUAAACUAAUUGCUCCUCAGAAUUUGUCUAUAAAAUGCAAUAAAAAAUUGUUAGCCUGCCAAGACCUUCAGUAUUUAAGGCAGACGAGGCCCAAAAGAAGGGUCGGAGUGGGAAAUUCUGCAGGAAGUUCUGGGAAUAGAAACAAAAAAGUUAGCAAACUGGAUGCAAAAUCUAUGAAACAAAAGCCUGGAAGUUUUGAAGAGGCAUCUGUCGAAAAGCAGGGAGAGGGAAAAAAGGAGUGGACUGGUUUUCCCUCUGCUGGUGAGAGAGAAUUUGAAAGCCUUUUUGUGGAAGAGGAGGCAGGUGUCUCUAAAAUGCCUAGUUUUUCGGACUUGAACAGAAAAUCAGAGGAUAAUGGUACAACGGUUCCUCCUGUACCUGUAUGUUCAAGUCUCUCUUCUGCUGCGUUGGUUGGAGAUGGUAAAAAUGAACCUUCAGGAAGAGGUUGCAUUGUCCAGCCUGAGUGUGAGAAGACAAAAGAAAAUGGGUGUAGAUCAAAUGAAAAUAGUGAUGAUGAUGAUCUAUUUUUAACUCAGUUAGAUCCUGUGGAUAUGGAAUUAUGUUCCGAAGAGGAAAAUGUACAAGACACUACUACAGCUAGUAAAAACCCAGAGGAAAUGGAUACUGCUGAAAGCCUUCAGCAGAGUGAAUCCUCUACUACUGUGCAAUGCAAGUACAAAGACUGUAUAGAAAAAGUAGAAAACCCAGGAGAGUACUGUAGUAAGCAUUCAGCCACCAGCUCAGAAGCAGAUCACUUGUUUGCCAAACCAUCUCUCCUGCCACCUAAACCAAGAAAACCUUCCACUACCAAAAUUUUCAGCUCAGCCAGUUCAUCACGGAAUGCAGCCUUCAGCAGGGAUCUUGAGGAUGUUAAAAAGCUACCCCCAGCUUCCAAAAGCAAACAGCGUGAUUACAGUAUUUUUAUUAGCGAAGUCCUAAGGUGGACUUAUGAAAUGUUUGUGAACUCCAGCCUCUUUGGACCUCCAAGUAAUCUCACUCAGUCUGUAGUAGCCUCUGUUCCUGUCCACUUUCAAGGAUACAAUGACUAUUUUAAUACAUUUUUCCCCUUGAUGAUGCUAAAUGCCUUUGAAACACUGGCACAAGAGUGGACAGAGAACCAGAGAGUAAGAGAGAAGAGUUACUACUUCAACUUACAGAACUUCUCUGCAGACUUGAACACAGCAGAUUUUACAGCUCAUUUGCAAGAAAGUGAUUUGGCAAAGCAGCUUCAUCCAAAAGAGGAUGACUUAAUCUUUUUGGUGGUCCAAAAGAAAAAAGAUGCCUUUCGGGAAGAAAGUGAGAUGCAGGACCAAAUAGUGAAUGAAGUUGGUCUCGUGACACGAUUUUCUCGUGCAUCUGGACAAAAGGAGCAGCAUACAGUCUGUCAUCUUUCUGUGCGAACUCGAGGCAAUUUGUCAUUCUUUGUAAAUAAGCAAGUGAAGUGUAUGGUGGUUGGCUCUCUGGUGACCACACAUCGAACAUUCAAAGGUCUGCUGCUACUGAGCAGGAGUCCCCUGGCUAAACCCAUCAUAAAUCCAAGUUACAAUGACUUCUGUCCCAGAGAUUUGCCUGUAGCUUCAGAAAGCGCUGCGUGGAAUGUGAAUGAAUACAAUGAAGAUCAAAAGAGAGCUAUUCAGACAGCUUAUGCCAUGGUAAAGCAACAUCCAGGGCUUCCCAAGAUCUGCCUCAUCCAUGGACCACCUGGAACAGGGAAAUCAAAGACUAUUGUAGGACUUCUGUCUCGUGUUUUGAGAGAAAACACUAGGAAUGAGAAAGCUCAAAAAACAAAUUCCAAGAUCAAGCCAAACCGUUUUCUUGUUUGUGCACCAUCAAACGCUGCUGUUGAUGAACUCAUGAAAAAGAUCAUCAUUGCGUUUAAGGAAAAAUGCCAAAACAGACAGGAGCCUUUGGGAAACUGUGGUGAUAUCAAAUUAGUGCGACUUGGUGCUGAAAGAGCAAUCAACAGUGAAGUCCGGGGAUUUAGCCUGGAUAAGCAAGUUGAACAUAGGAUGAAACGAAAGCCAGCUGACUGUGACCAGGAUAUUCAGAAGAAAAAAGCAGCUCUGGAUCAAAAGCUGGACAUGCUGUCUCGUCAGCGUGCCAUGCACAGAUGUGAGAAGAAGGAGGUGAGUCAAAUGUUAGAUGAUGAGAUUGGCAGACUUUCAAAGGAGAGACAACAGCUUGCUUCUCAGCUGAAGGAGGUUCGGGGGCACUCUCAGAAAGUACAGGCAGAUAUCAUCUUAGAGUCCGACAUCAUCUGCUGCACACUGAGCACAAGUGGAGGAAGUCUGCUGGAAUCGGUGUUUUUUCGGCAAGGUCUUGAUCCUUUCAGCUGUGUCAUUGUGGAUGAGGCAGGGCAGUCCUGUGAGGUUGAAACACUGAUUCCACUGAUCCAUCGCUGUAAUAAACUUGUCCUUGUUGGAGAUCCCAGACAGCUUCCUCCUACAGUAAAAUCAGUAAAAGCUCAGGAAUAUGGCUAUGAUCAGUCCUUGAUGGCACGUCUGCACAGACACCUGGAGGAGCAAGUGCACAAGAAUGUUUUGCGAAGCCUGCCAGUUGUGCAGCUGACUGUGCAGUACCGGAUGCACCCUGACAUCUGCCUCUUCCCAUCCAAUUAUGUUUAUGGCAGGACAUUAAAGACUGACAAAGCAACAGAAGAGAACAGAUGUUCUUCAGAGUGGCCAUUCCAGCCCUACCUUAUUUUUGAUGUAGGAGAUGGUCACGAGGAGCGAGACAAUGACUCUUUUAGUAAUCCUCAGGAGGUGAAGCUGGUGAUGGAAUUAAUUAGAACAAUAAAAGAGAAAAGGAAGGAUCUGGGUCUUCGACGCAUUGGAAUAAUUACUCCUUACAGUGCACAGAAAAAGAAAAUUCAAGAACAACUGGACAGAGUGUUCAGGAAUAACAGCCCAGAAGUGGACACAGUGGAUGCAUUCCAGGGACGAGAGAAAGACUGCAUCAUAGUGACAUGUGUCCGGGCAAACAGCACUAAAGGGUCAAUUGGGUUUCUGGCAAGUCUCCAGCGCCUGAACGUUACCAUUACCAGAGCCAGAUUCAGCCUCUUUAUCCUUGGAAGACUGAAAACUCUCAUGGAAAACAAAGACUGGAACGAGUUGAUUCAGGAUGCUCAGAAAAGAGGUGCCAUUAUCAAGACGUCAGAAAAAAGCUACAGGAAAGAUGCUGGUAAGAUUUUGAAGCUCAAGCCACCAGUACAGCCCCCAGCCAAUGCAGGAACAAAGCAACCUCCUCCGUUGCAGUCGUCUUCCAGUGGCAAGAAGCCACUUGCAAAUCCAAGGGAGGCCAGCAGCCCUCGGGAGCUCACUGCUGGCACUGCCUGUGCAGCACUGCUGGGAAGUGGAGGGCCCCAGCAGCCCCAGCGGGCUCAGGCUGUGGACUCCAGGAGAGGCAGUGCCCCUGCAGCCGUGGUGCCUGCAGUGCUUCGACCCGAGGCUGGCAAGCAUGGCUGGUAG